UGAGAACCUCGUCUGCUGUCUUCUCCGCCUCAGUCCAUGAGAAGCUGGUGGAGUGAGAGGCGUCCGUCUCCUAUUAAGCAUAUGGUAAUCGGAUCCCGUUGUUCGAGCGUCGCUAUCGUUCCCCCCGCUGCCUCUUCCCGUUAAUUGCAUAUUGAGAUUGAGAUUCUACCCCUCACUCCCCUGGUCUUUCGUGUCGGCAGCGGGAGAGGAGGCCCUUUUGGUGGCUCUCGGGAACAAUCCAUUGUCAGAGGGGCAAGUUGUCUUAUCUGAUUCCAUAUGGUGCGUUAAGCCUGAGAUCUGCUAAGAUUUGAGCUAUUUGUUCUCCGGAUGUGAUCGAAAUUAGCUCUGUUGGCUGAGAAACUUGCCAUGGAAGUCGACGGAGAGAAAGGGAAACCUGGGAAGCACUCCGGCGGUCAGGUGUGCCAGAUCUGUGGCGAUGGUGUCGGCACGACGGUGGACGGUGAUAUAUUUGUCGCCUGUGACGUUUGUGGGUUUCCCGUCUGCAGGCCGUGCUAUGAGUACGAGAGGAAGGAUGGGAACCAGUCUUGUCCCCAGUGCAAGACCAAGUACAAGAGACACAGAGGAAGCCCACCUGUUCGUGGAGAGGAAGGGGAUGAUGGAGAUGCUGAUGACGUGAGUGACUUCAAUUAUCCAACUGGUAAUCAGGAUCAGAAACCAAAGAUUACUGAGCGCAUGCUGGGUUGGCACAUGAGCCACGAACAAGGGGAAGACAUUGGUCCUCCAAAAUAUGACAGCGGGGAGAUUCCUCGGAAUCACAUCCCCUUACUCACUCAUAGCCAGGGGCUCUCAGGGGAACUGCCUAUGACAUCGCCUGAUCAUAUGAUGUCCCCAGGAGGAGGUGGAAAGCGUGUGCAUCCACUGCCUUUCCGGUCACCUAACACAUCCAGAGAAUUUGGCAAUGUUGCCUGGAAAGAGAGAGUUGAUGGAUGGAAGAUGAAGCAGGAGAAAAAUGUAGCACCAAUGACUAAUGGUACUAGUCAUGCCCCUUCUGAAGGAAGGGGAGGUGGUGAUAUUGAUGCAACAACUGAUUAUAAUAUGGAUGAUGCUUUACUGAAUGAUGAAGCCCGUCAGCCUCUUUCUAGGAAAGUACCUAUUUCAUCUUCCAGGAUAAACCCAUACAGGAUGGUCAUUGUAUUACGACUUGUGAUCCUAUGUAUUUUUCUCCACUAUCGUAUCACCAAUCCUGUUCACAAUGCGUAUGCCUUAUGGUUGUUGUCUGUAAUAUGUGAGAUAUGGUUUGCUAUAUCAUGGAUUUUGGAUCAGUUUCCCAAAUGGUUUCCUGUGAAUCGUGAAACUUAUCUUGACAGACUGGCAAUAAGAUACGAUAGAGAAGGUGAACCAUCUGAGCUGGCUGCUGUUGACAUUUUCGUUAGUACUGUUGAUCCUUUGAAAGAGCCUCCUCUUGUCACAGCCAACACCGUGUUAUCAAUUCUUGCUGUUGAUUACCCUGUCGACAAGGUUUCUUGCUAUGUCUCUGAUGAUGGUGCUGCUAUGCUGACAUUUGAAGCACUAUCUGAAACAUCAGAGUUUGCUAGAAAAUGGGUUCCUUUCUGCAAAAAAUACAGUAUCGAGCCCCGAGCUCCUGAAUGGUACUUCUCACAGAAGAUUGAUUACCUCAAGGAUAAGGUUCAACCUACAUUUGUGAAAGAUCGCAGGGCAAUGAAGAGAGAAUAUGAAGAAUUUAAAAUUUGCAUUAAUGGCCUUGUUGCAAAGGCACAGAAAGUUCCAGAUGAGGGAUGGAUCAUGCAAGAUGGCACACCGUGGCCUGGGAAUAACACCAGAGAUCAUCCUGGAAUGAUCCAGGUUUUCUUGGGUCAUAGUGGAGGGCUUGAUACUGAGGGUAAUGAACUGCCACGAUUAGUUUAUGUAUCUCGUGAGAAACGUCCAGGUUUCCAACAUCACAAGAAGGCUGGUGCUAUGAAUGCUCUUGUACGUGUGUCAGCAGUCCUUACCAAUGGGCCCUUCAUGUUGAAUCUUGAUUGUGAUCACUACAUAAACAACAGCAAGGCUUUGAGGGAGGCAAUGUGCUUUCUUAUGGAUCCAAAUCUUGGAAGGCAAAUUUGUUAUGUGCAGUUUCCGCAGAGGUUUGAUGGUAUUGAUAGGAAUGAUCGAUAUGCCAACCGUAACACAGUGUUUUUCGAUAUCAACUUAAGAGGCCUAGAUGGUAUCUAAGGUCCCGUUUAUGUGGGUACAGGAUGUGUUUUCAACCGAACUGCACUGUAUGGUUAUGAACCUCCAAUCAAGAACAAGCAAAAAAAGAAGGGCUUCUUCUCUCUCUGGUCCGGUGGCUCACAUAAAAAGAACUCUAAAUCAAGCAAGAAAAGUUCAGAAAAGAAAAAGUCAAGCAAGCAUGUGGAUAACACUGUCCCAAUAUUUAAUUUAGAAGAUAUAGAAGAGGGCGUUGAAGGUGCUGGAUUUGAUGAUGAGAAGUCAUUGCUCAUGUCACAAAUGAGCCUGGAGAAAAGGUUUGGCCAAUCAGCUGUCUUUGUUGCCUCAACAUUAAUGGAAAAUGGUGGUGUUCCUCAAUCUGCAACUCCUGAGUCUCUUUUGAAAGAAGCCAUCCAUGUCAUCAGCUGUGGCUAUGAGGACAAGACAGAGUGGGGAAGUGAGAUAGGGUGGAUUUAUGGUUCUGUGACAGAAGAUAUUCUCACCGGAUUCAAGAUGCAUGCCCGUGGUUGGAAAUCAAUCUACUGCAUGCCUAAGCGUCCAGCAUUCAAAGGGUCUGCUCCUAUCAAUCUUUCAGAUCGUCUGAACCAAGUGCUUCGAUGGGCCUUGGGAUCUGUUGAGAUUCUCUUUAGCCGUCACUGCCCAAUAUGGUAUGGUUAUGGAGGACGAUUGAAGUUCUUGGAAAGAUUUGCAUACAUCAACACCACCAUUUACCCGCUCACUUCACUUCCCCUCCUGUUAUACUGCACACUGCCGGCCAUCUGUUUACUUACAGGAAAAUUCAUUAUUCCCCAGAUUAGCAACAUUGCAAGUAUCUGGUUCAUCUCUCUCUUCCUUUCCAUUUUCGCUACUGGCAUUCUGGAAAUGAGGUGGAGUGGUGUUGGGAUUGAUGAAUGGUGGAGGAAUGAACAAUUUUGGGUCAUCGGUGGCGUCUCAUCCCAUCUCUUUGCAGUUUUCCAAGGUCUACUGAAAGUUCUUGCUGGUAUUGACACAAACUUCACUGUUACUUCCAAAGCGUCUGAUGAAGACGGUGACUUUGCCGAGCUCUACAUGUUCAAGUGGACUACUCUUUUGAUACCACCAACCACACUUCUCAUUGUAAAUCUGGUUGGUGUGGUUGCUGGAAUCUCCUAUGCCAUUAACAGUGGAUACCAGUCAUGGGGUCCGCUGUUUGGGAAGCUCUUCUUUGCUUUCUGGGUGAUUGUUCACCUGUACCCCUUCCUCAAGGGUCUGAUGGGGAGACAGAACCGUACGCCUACAAUCGUCGUGGUGUGGUCCAUUCUACUUGCUUCAAUCUUUUCCUUGUUAUGGGUCCGAGUUGAUCCUUUCACUACUAGAGUAACCGGACCAGACGUACAGCAAUGUGGUAUCAAUUGCUAGAAUAUGGAACUGUUUGCUUCUCAUGUCUGAAGAGUGGUAUCCCUGUACAAGUUUUAUAUAUAUCAUAUGUAUGAAGAUGUAUCUCUUGUAUGUCCUAUUAAAUUAUCAUUUAAAUUAUUCUUUAUUUUA